ACUCAAAACCUCUCUCUUGCUCUCAUCUUCUACCACCACAACCACAACCACAACCACAUCCGUCCCUUUCCGAUGGCCAACCUCCAUUCCGAGCAGAUCAAUCAGCUGCACGACAUCUUCAAUCGCUUUGACACCGACUCCGAUGGAAGCCUCACCCACCUAGAGCUCGCCGCCCUCCUUCGAUCUCUCGGCAUCAAACCCACCGGCGAUCAACUCCAUGCCUUACUUACCAACAUGGACAACAAUGGCAAUGGAUAUAUAGAAUUUGAUGAGCUUGUUCAUGCCUUAUUACCUGAUUUGAAUGAGCAUGUCCUAAUCAAUCAAGAACAACUCACCGAGUUGUUUCGAUCAUUUGAUAAAGACGGAAAUGGCUACAUUACCGCCGCAGAACUUGCCAGCACCAUGGCGAAAAUGGGCCAUCCGUUAACUUACCCUGAGCUUUCCGAUAUGAUGGCCGAAGCUGAUAGCAAUGGUGACGGUGUUAUUAGUUUCAAUGAGUUUGCAGGAAUCAUGGCAAAGUCAGCUUCUAAUUUUUUUGCGUGUUAAUAUUCAAGGAAAUUCAUUCAAGAAUUAGGUAUGAAUAAUGUACAAGGUUUGAUUUAUGUGAACAUAUAUGUCAUUACAUUGUUCAACAAAUUAAGACGAUAAAAGACAAAUG